GCCUGCCACCCUCUGGGCCGCCGCUACCGCUCUCGCCGCCAGGUCUGAGUGCCGACGCUGCAGCCAUGGCCUAUUGCCGGCAGGAAGGGAAGGAUCGAAUCAUAUUUGUGACCAAAGAAGACCAUGAAACUCCAAGCAAUGCAGAGCUGGUGGCUGAUGACCCCAACGAUCCCUACGAGGAGCAUGGAUUGAUCCUGCCAAAUGGAGACAUUAACUGGAACUGCCGGUGCCUUGGGGGAAUGGCCAGUGGCCCCUGUGGGGAACAAUUCAAGUCGGCCUUUUCCUGCUUCCACCAUAGCACAGAGGAUGUCAAGGGGUCAGACUGUGUAGACCAGUUCCUGGCCAUGCAGGAAUGCAUGCAGAAAUACCCGGACCUGUAUCCCCAGGAGGAUGAGGACGAGAAGGAGGAGGAGGAGGAGGAGGAGGAGGAGGAGGAGAAGCCAGCAGAAUGUUUAGAAGAAACAGCUCCUACUGAAGCCACUGCAACCAAAGAAGAGGAGAGGUCAAGCUAAUGAAGACCAUAAGGCACUGGGCUCCAGUCCUUCUCCUUCAGAGUAAUAUGAACCUUUUGUAAGAUGCCUUUUGGUCAUUCUCCGAGAAAGUGUCUUUCCCUCUGUUCUGUGCACUAUAAUGUACAAAAUAACUUAUUUUGAUGAUCGGGGAUCUUGGUCCUUUGACAUAUACACUGGAAAAAAUGUAUGUGUGCCUCACAUAAACCUAUCAGCAAAUGUAGCUGUCACUUUUGAAUUAUCAGAUUAUCCUGAAUUUUUCCUCUUUGAAAUAAUGUACUGACUAUGCUCAGCAACUAAAAAUCAUUAUCUGGGAGUGUCUUGUGAGUGAGCUGAUUUAUUCUGAUUGAUUAUAUGCCCUUGUAGAUUUUAUACCCCUGUGGGAAACGAAACAAAACCAUCUUCCUUUAAAAAUGCUGGAGUGGGGCCAUUCCCAAUACAAGGCCACAUGAUCACUUAUUUCUCAUGAACCAUCUUGACCUUGAGUAUGUGAGGAGUACUAUAUUUCAUUUCUGAUGCAUUUUGGUUUCCAUUUUCACUUUGAGCUCCAGGUUUUCCAUGCUUGGAAAUUGGAACUUUGGACCCUCUGAUUCACAGUCCCUUUCUAAAUGAAGAGAAAGGCUGGUUUUGCUGUUGUUGUUCUUCCACAAGCCCUGGUUUGGGGCCUGUGUUCACACUGGCUCUGUGUCAGCCUGUUCAGUGCAAUGUUCUUGAGAGGUGGGGACCUAAUUGUUACAAAAGUAGCAACCAAGAGAAGAAACGGUGUGAAUUAAGUAGUCAAUUAAAAAUAAAAUAUUAUUAUAAAUAAAUAAAUAAAUAAAUAAA